AUGAAAUCUUUGGAUAGCCAGGAACCAAUUGAGAAAAAGGAAAUUGAGUUGGAAGAUAUAUUAAGGACACAGCCAGUGAAGUUUGAAGAAGAAGAAAGUGUGGAAAAUUUUACGGAAAAUGAUUUGGAACCAAGUGUUGAAGUGAACUUAAAAGAAGAAAGCUAUCAAGUUAAGCUGAAUAUCAGUGAUUCAACUUUGAUAAAAAGUAACAUUUCAAGUGUAGAGUAUAUUCGGCAAUAUAGUGACAAAAAAAAAGGUUUAUUUUUAUUAGCAGAGUACUUUUUAUUAAUUUCUUGUAUCUCUCUGGGUAUAUAUAUUAUUUAUCAGGAACAUGAGUUAAUCAAGUACUUAAAGAACAAGAAAGAUUUUGAACAAACUGCCAAUUAUAUUAGCCAAGCUAAGAUCAUGACCAUUAUAAUAACUCUAGUUGUUGGACUUCAGUUGAUCACUAAUUGUGUUUUUGGUAUACUUUUUAUACUAUUCAAACGAGGGAUUAUAGUUAAAUGGUUAAACAUAUUCAAAUCCAAGUUAUUUAUUGAUCAGGUUUUUAUUUGGCAAUCUCCAUUUAUCUCUCUACCAAUAAUAAUCACAGCUAUGGUAAAGCUUAUGGUAAACUGUAGAUCGCAGUUGGAAGAUAUUAUAUCAUUUCAAGGAUCCAGUUCUAAUAUUGAAAUUUCGAAUUUUGUUCUUAAUAAACUUACAUUAAUCAUCAUUUAUUUUUCCGUUUAUCUAACAACCAACUUUAUUAUGGAACUAUUUGUAGUUAGAAGACAGUACCUUGGAAAUACUAUUCAAUCCCAGAGACUUGGAAUUCUUGAUUACUCUAUUGCAUAUAUAGGGAACGCUGCUCUUGUUGCUUCAUUAAUUCUUUAUUGUUUCAGAUUCAGGUAUUCCGAUUCAGAAGAAAUUAAUAUAGAUCUUAAGUCACAGGUUGACUACUACUAUAGAACCAUACUUGUUGCUGCUGCUCACUCUGGCUUAAUUGCCAUAUCCCUUGGUAUUCUUGGGUAUAUUGCUUCUUUAUCAUGCAGUAAAAUGCUCAUAUUAAUUUCUUUAAUAGUAAAAUUCUACUCAACCUUCGUAUUCUCCUGGUCUUGCUCUCUUGUUUGGUUUGGAAAUCAAUUAUUGAAGUUAUUUUGUAAUAUUGAUUCAAUUUCACUAAAUCUUAAUAGUUUACCCAAACAAGACUAUAUGGCCUUUAAAAAUGCAUGUUUUACCCGCCCAAAUUUCUAUAUGAUUACAGCUCUAGUAGCUACCCAGUUAUCACUUUCUAUAUUUACUUUGAUUUUUAAUUUUCUAUUCUUAAUUAGCAAGAAGAUUUGGAAGUCAGAAUCGAACUAG